UUAUGUGUGUAAAUCCUCUCAAGGGAUGUAACAAGAUAAGACUCUCAUCUUCAUAAGAGAAAAGGACUUGUUUCAUCUUCACAGAGGACUGCUUGUAGACCUGAACUUGAAAAUCAAGUUCCCCGCCACCAUGGAGCACUCCGUUUCCAUGACCUCGUCGGUGGUGGAUGGAGAAGAGGUGGAGGAACACCGACCUCUCCUCCCUCCAAGAAUAGUCUUCCAGUCUCAGGCCUGCUCACCACGAUGUGGAAGACACCACACGCUCCACACGUCGAUAGAUCACCCUGUGUGGCUGGACAGGAGCCAGGCCAUGGCCGCCACUCGGCUAUACAACAGCCAGCUUUAUCUCACAUCCACACCUCCAUCCAGCCGGAGGAAGGACAAGCCCAAAGGCCACGAGAAGAGGAGUGGGAAAAGGCCAGGGACAGGCAGACGGAGUCCAGGACAAAGGGAGCUAAAGCACCAAGUCAUAAAUGCAGAAGGUCACAGACUCCUGGAGAGGAUCACAUCCUUCACCGACGCGCCCAUUUCCCCAUGCGGCUCGCCCUUUAGGGUCGCCGGCAGGUCACACCUAGAUAUUAGGAACGUUGACCAUCCGGGCUACCGAAAGGCAAGCAACGUUUCUAUGGAGAUGCACAACCGCCAGAACCUGCCGGAGAUCAUCGUCACCAGCAGGGAUGACAACCUCCUGCGAAGCAACAAUCCACCCCGGUCUUGCCAGCGGCCAGGUGAAGCCAAAGGAGCUCUGCCUGGAGCCGAGUGUCCCAUCCCGAGCCCUGACCCCAGCCCUGACCCCAGCCCUGACCCCAGCCCUCGGCACAGCCCUCGGCACGGCUCCAAACACAAGGACGACACCAAGAGCGAGCCGCCCGGGAGGAGCCACAACAUCGGCUGGCGGCUGCUCCACCGGAGGGCUCUGUUCCUGCGGAGGCAGCAGCUGAACGACUGUGCUCUGACCGUGGGCUUGUUCGGAGUGGUGAUGAUGGUGAUGGAGACAGAGCUGUCCUGGAGCGUGUACAGCAAGAGCUCCAUCUACUCUCUUGCAAUGAAGUCAGUCAUCAGUGUCUCUACACUGGUGCUGCUCGGCCUCAUCGUGGCGUACCACUGCUGUGGGGUGCAGCUCUACGUCCACGACAUUGGUGCAGGGGAUUGGCGGAUUGCCAUGACAACCAACCGUUUGGCUCUCAUAGUCCUGGAGCUGGUGGUAGCAGCCAUCCAUCCCUAUCCGGUGGGGCUGCUGGCCCGCUUCCAGCAGACCACGGUCCGCAUGUCGCUGUCCGAGACGGAUCUGGAGAUCGUGCUGGCUCUGCCCAUGUUCCUGCGGCUGUACCUGCUGGGCCGGGCCAUGAUGCUGCACAGCCGCCUCUUCACUGACACGGCCUCCCGCAGCAUCGGAGCACUCAACAAGAUCCACUUCAACACCCGGUUUGUGGGGAAAACCCUGAUGACCACGUACCCGGGGACUGUGCUGAUGGUUUUCAGCAUUUCUCUCUGGGUCGUGGCAGCGUGGGGGUUACAUGUCUGCGAGAGACAUCACAACUACAGGGACCUGAGCAGCAACUACAUGGAGGCGUUGUGGAUGGUUUCCGUCACCUUCCUGUCCAUCGGUUACGGGGACGUGGUCCCUCACACGUACUGCGGUCGCAGCAUCUGCCUCCUCACCGGGAUCAUGGGCGCGGGCUGCACGGUGCUGGUGGUGGCCGUGGUGGCCAGGAAGCUGGAGCUGACCAGAGCAGAGAAACAUGUUCACAACUUCAUGAUGGACUCACACAUCUCCAAGAGGAUAAAAAUUGCUGCAGCAAAUGUGCUGAGAGAGAGUUGGCUUAUCUACAAGCACACUAAGCUUUCCAGAGAAAGAGACGACACCAGGGUGCGCAUGCAUCGGAGGAAGCUGCUCCUGGCCAUCCACCAGCUGCGGAGCGUGAAGUUGGAGAAGAACAUACUUGUGGAUCAGGGCAACACGCUGGUGGAUCUCUCUAAGAUGCAGAGCCUGAUGUACGACGUGCUGUCGGAGGUGCAGGGCUGCCGGGGGGAGCUGGACACGCACAUCCACAGCCUGGAGGAGCACGUGCAGGAGCUGAGGGAGGGAUUCAGGAGCCUGAUGCCUCUGCUGUCCAGCACCCUGUCCACGCAGAACUCCUCCAUCCGCCACCUGCUCCGGGAGAGGGAGGCGGAGGCCGAGCACGGCCCGGGUGGAGCAGACAGGUAGAGGACGUGAUGAAGACUUCCUCGGCCUGACUACACUGUUCAUGGGCGACCUUUUAUGCCGAACAGAGGUGGGCAGAUUCGUGGUCCUGAGAAUGUGAAGGUUUCACAAAAGUAGAAGUUGAGGAAGAACAUAGAUCUCUGCAGAAGAUUAUCCCAACCUCUGACGGCUCGUCUCCACCAAAGGUGAAAGUCUGACCUCGGCUUGUGAUCGUCUCUAAAGAUCCCAGUUGGUCUGAAAAAGUACAACAUUCCCCAUAAAC